GUCCGCAGUUUUCCGAAGAAUAUUAACGCAUGGGAAUAGUCAGAAGUAUAUCUCCUCUCAAGUAGAUACCAGCCAAACCACCAAAGUAUGUGCUAGUAUCAAAUGUGAUUCACCUGUAUGGUCCCUUUCAGUCGUCUUGUCUCGGAAAGAUCCUUAAUCUUAUAGGGUAUAAUGAGGGCUGUUCUUUGGAUAUACGAAUCUCUUUCUACCCUGUACCUUUUCACGGCUAGCGAUUUCAGUACAGUACUUCUGCCGCAGACAUUAUUCGCUCUUUUCUCCAUGUUAUCGGGACGCUUCACAGCAUCAAGCUGGCACGAUGAACCACAGAUAGCGUUCACCACCAGACUAUGCUGCGUGGUCUUGUGGAUAUGGCUUCAACUCCUCGUGCUUGAUCUAGCUAAUCAGCGGCUCCCCGACUCGGUUGCCGAAGACAUCGUCAAUAAGCCAUGGCGUCCCAUCACGGCGGGACGUAUAACCACGGAGGGAACUCGCCAACUGCUUAUUGCGAGCAUCGCCGUCUCGCUAGCGAUCUCCAACUACCUCGGCGUGGCACCUGAGACGCUCUUGCUCUUCACAUUCAACUGGCUUUAUAAUGAUCUCGGCCUGGCAAACGGCCACUGGCUCCUCCGGAACCUGAUGAAUGCCCUAGGGAUCACCACGAUCGGCGCCGGCGCAACUCGCGUUGCAUGUCAUGAUCUGACAUUCAUGGCCGCUCCUGCUGCACGCUGGUGGUUCUUGUGCGGAGGAAUGUUGAUGAGUACGAUUCAUGCACAAGAUCUGUAUGACCAGCAGGGCGAUGCAGUCCGUGGGCGUUCAACGGCGCCGCUUGUGCUGGGCGAUGGCGCUGCACGGUGGACCGUUGGCGCAGGGGUUCUAUUUUGGAGCGUAGCUAGGUUACACUUGUGCGAAGACUGGUUUGGCUACUCUGUCCCGGUUAUACUAGGCAUGGUUAUCACGGUUCGCAUCUUGACUCUUCGCGAUGUUUCAGCAGAUAAGCGUACAUUCAAGCUAUGGGCUCUUUGGACUGUAUGUCUAUAUUCACUCCCACUGCUGGGAAGAAACAGCCUACAUUCUAGUGUGCGCCUCAUGGAUUAG